CUCUGGAGCCUGGGCUCGCAGCCCCUGCACCGCACACCUUCCUCACCCGGGACCAGGAAUGGCCGAGUCCGUAGGAACUUGAGGAGGAGGGUAAAGGCGCGCCCGGACCCUGCCAGCCUCUCAGUAGCGUCCCCCUCCCUGGCUGUGGCCAUGGUUGUGCCAGGGCCAGGCUGGGUCCAGCAGGCUCUGUGGGCGUCUCCUUCCUCUUCUUCCUGGAAGUAGGAAGAGGAGCUCGGCCCGGCCUGGCUCUGGUCUGAGGACCGAGACUGUCUGAGGGGCUUUCCCUCUGGGGGAGGCCUGAGCGUUGACUUGCAGUGCCGUGUUUCUCCUCUUGUCCAGGGGAACGUAGAUGGCUGGACACAGGAUCUAGAGGCUCCAAAUAAUGUGGAGAUGUUUCGACCUUCAGGUUCCACGGGGCUCAUCCCCCCGUCCCACUUCCAAGCGCGGCCCCUUCCAGCCAUGCCGCGAAUGGCUCCCACCUGGGUCUCAGACAUCUCCCUGGCCCAUCGAGGUGUUUCAGAGAGGUGGCCAGACUUCCAGAGGCCUCCGGGGAUCGUGUGGGAGCAGGACGUUUCUGGCGAUGGGCAGGAGCCGGGGUGGAGGGACAGGUCUGUGGAGCUGCAGGGAUCACAGGCCUUGCGCCAGCAGGCAGAGCUGAUCUCUCGGCAGCUGCAGGAGGUGCGACGGCUUGAGGAGGAGGUCCGGGUCCUGCAGGAAAACUCGCUACAGCAAAAGAUGAAGCUGGAGACCCAGGCCAUGGAGCUGGAGGCUCUGGCACGGGCAGAGAAGGCUGGCCGAGCUGAGGCCGAGGGCCUGCGUGCCGCCCUGGCUGGGGCUGAGGUUGUCCGGAAGAACCUGGAAGAGGGGAGCCAGCGGGAGCUGGAGGAGGUUCAGAGGCUGCACCAGGAGCAGCUGUCCUCCUUGACACGGGCUCACCAGGAGGCUCUUUCCAGUUUGACCAGCAAAGCCGAGGGCUUGGAGAAGUCUCUGACCGGUCUGGAAACCAGCAGGGCCGGGGAAGCCAAGGAGCUGGCCAUGGCCCAGAGGGAGGCUGAGCUGCUGCGGGAGCAGCUGAGCAAGACCCAAGAAGACUUGGAGGCUCAGGUGACCUUGGUUGAGAAGCUAAGGAGAUAUGUGGGGGAACAAGUUCCCCCCGAGAUUCACGACCAGGCAUGGGAGUCAGAGCGACUGAAACUUCUAGAGACCGUGCAGCACUUGCAGGAGGACCGGGAUGGCCUGCACACAACGGCGGAGCUGCUGCAGGUGCGCGUGCAGAGCCUCACGUACAUCCUGUCCAUGCAGGAAGAGGAGCUGGCCAGGAAGGAGCCACACGACCGCUUCCCCCGCCCACAGGUGCAACCGUCAGAUUCCCUGGAGCCCGAGUUCUCCAGGAAGAGCCAGGCCCUGCUGAAGCACUGGCGGGAGAAGGUGUUUGCCCUCAUGGUGCAGCUAAAGGCCCAGGAACUGGAGCACGGAGCGUGCGUGCAGCAGCUGAAGGGACAGGUGGCAGAGUUCCAGGAAAGAGUGGCUGCCCAGAGCCAGGAGCAAGCCAUCCUGCAGCGCUCCCUGGAGGACAAAGCUGCGCAGGUGGAGGUAGAGCGGAUGGGCGCCAAGUCCCUGCAGAUGGAGCUGAGCCGUGCCCAGGAAGCCUGUCGCCGGGGGCAGCAGCAGACAGCCUCGGCUGAGGAGCAGCUGAAGCGUGUGGCCAAAGCUAUCAACAGCUUUCAGACCUGGAUCCAGAACACCAUGGCCGAGGUGGAGCAGGCUGCAGCCCGGCUGCCCAGCCUCAGUAGCCGAGUCAGCUAUGCCGUCCGCAAGGUCCACACUAUUCAGGGUCUGAUGGCUCGAAAACUGGUCCUUGCUCAGCUGCGCCAGGAGAGCCACCCCCCAGCCCCACCAACCAAGGAGGUGAGCCUUGAGUUGGAGCAGCUGCGGGAAGAGCGGAACCGCCUGGAUGCAGAGGUGCAGCUCAGUGCCCACAUCAUCCAGCAGGAGGUGGGCCGGGCCCGGGAGCAAGGGGAGGCGGAGAGGCAGCAGCUGAGUGAGGUGGCCCAGCAGCUGGAGCAGGAACUGCGGCGGACCCAGGAGUCCCUGGCCAGUGUGGGGCUGCAGCUGGAAGCGGCUCGCCAGGGCCAGCAGGAGAGCAUGGAGGAGGCUGCUAGCCUGCGGCAGGAACUGACCCAGCAGCAGGAGGUCUACGGGCAAGCUCUGCAAGAGAAAGUGGCGGAAGUGGAAUCCCGGCUGCGGGAACAGCUCUCAGAAGCAGAAAGGAGACUGAACGAGGCCCGGAGGGAGCACGCCAAGGCUGUGGUCUCCCUGGGCCAGAUGCAGCGCAAAGCCACCCGGGAAAAGGAACGGAACCAGGAGCUCCGGCGCCUGCAGGAAGAGGCCCGGAAGGAGGAGGGGCUGCGGCUGACCCAGCGCCUGCAGGAGCUGCAGAGGGACAAGAACCUCCUGCUGCAGCAGCGACUGUUGGCAGUCCUGGAUAAGGGAGGGUCUGUGCGGCCCAGCCCCCGGCCGGCAGGGCCAUCGGCACCAGCACUUCCAGCAGCAGCGCUUGGCCCCAGGGCAGCCACUAAAGAAUCCCUCUCUGUCCUGCUGGAUGACCUGCAGAGUCUGAGUGAGGCCAUUUCCAAAGAGGAGGCCGUUUCUCAAGGAGACAACCAGAACUCUCCUGUGGCCAGGGGCUCGGAGUGCCUGGGGGCUCAGGGGGGCCCAGCGGGCCAGGAGGAUCGUGAAAUGGGGUGAGGUUUGGGGGCUUGCCCUCAGGGAUACCAGCCACCAAGGUGUCUGGAUUUUGUGCCUCAAUAAAGAUGACUGAAUAGCCCU